UUCAUUUUCAAGAGUGUAGUUGGAACCAUGCAGUUGAAAACCAUUUGAUUUUCGUAUGGAACCAAUUCACCCCUGCAUGAAAUCCAUUUGUUGGCAAAGUGGAGCACGGUUGGAACAAGUUGGAAGCCAUUUGUCAGCCAAGUCGAAACACUUCACUUUGAAACGGUCUACUUAAGACCACUUUGUUUCCCAAGUGAAUUCACUUGGUAUUCCAGCCCAAAUUUCUGCUUGAGAGAUUUCAAUUUGCUUCCUAGGGAAUGUCAUAGAAGGGAAGAAGAAGAAAGAAUACUGUGGCGCAUACCCGAAAGGGAAGAAAACGAAGCAGAAAGGAUCAUUCCACAAUGUCUUCUCUUCGACGCUCGGAGCGUUUGAAAACGCUGAAAGGCUCAGCACCCAAGAGCCGCUUCAGCCUUCCUGCGGACUUCCAAGUUUCCUACGGAUGGAUUCUUAAAUUCUUGAACAGACACGAACUGCUCCGCAUGGACAGCGACGUCUUGCAAGACUGCAUUGGAGCCCAUGCUGGCCACACUGGUGUUGGGGUGAAGCGUGUCGCCGAAUCGGACUUACCUCGUUCAGGAAGUAAGAAGCUCUUUCUUGACACACAAAAUGACAGAUCGUGUCAUAAGGUGCAAAGACGAACCAAUUCGCACGUUAUGACUGAAGAACGUCACUCUGGAGCAGUUAAUCUCAAUACGGAGCCUACAAAGUGUUCGGGUACACAAAAUGCGAAAGCGCUGCCGAGCAUUCUUGGGCGACGUCGGCAUCCAGAUGGCACUGCACCCGGGCCGGGUUCAUCGACAUCGCGGAUAGCUUUUGAUGCAUUAACCAAGUCUGUGCACAGUGACAUGGCACGGUGCAAAUCCGACAUUGUUCCUCGUGCAGCUAACCGCACCGGAAAGAAAUCCAUGGGCGGGAAGAAAAAGAGACAAACUUCACAAGUGAGCGUGCUCUCGCACAGUAUUUCUGUAACUUCUCUUGCGGGCCGGAUAUCCGUCAGUCAAAACCAGGUCCAACUGACAGUAAAGCAGAACUCAGCUCAAGCAAAGAAGCCUGCCUUCUUGAGAAGGACUGGUGCUGCAAUCUUGACAGCCUUUCUGCACGGCUACAUCUCGCGUAAAAAUGCAUUAAGGUCACGCGAAGCACUCAACAAGCGGAUUAGCUCUAAGACACCUUCAAAGCGCAUCUCUCUUCAGAAGUACAUCAGAGAUCACCAGAAGAGGCUGGCGCAUUCCCAAGACAGGAAUCGUAGCAGCACAAGGCAUGCUGCAGCAUCUCCUGUUCCGUCAAAACCUGGCCAGUUUCAGACAACAUCAACCAGCAAGGUUCCUCUUGGUCUAGGGGCACUGGGAGGUUCUUUCCAAGCACUCCACCAAUCCUCUAAGCUGCAUCUCUCCGUUGCGGACGUGCAAGAUCCUCACGUGCUUGGUACAAGAGAAGCGCUGUCCACGCCUACUGCAGCGGCGAAACAUGAGCGAUUAGAAAGCAUUGUCAAUACUUUAUGGGAGAAGCAGCGUCCAUGGAUGAAGGAGUAGAUCUCUCAUCUGGUGAGCCUUCUGAAGGAUUCCCUCACGUGUACUGAGUAGAAACCAUCAAACACAUGCCGGGCAAUAACUUGCUGAGGGGUUUUGCGUGGAACAUUCUAUGGAACGGUUGCUACAUUAUGUCUGUGUUGGUUUUUGUUAUCUCUGUUGCGACAGAUAGCUCUCAGGAACAUUGGUAUGUUUCACUUUGCACUUGUAUCAGAUAUCGGGGAAAUAAAGCAACGUUUUCGGCA